GAUCAAGGCAGUGACCACUGCUUCCUUCUUCAACAGGACUUCUUCUUGGCUGAUCCAGAUGCAGGAGGGCUUCAUCAUCAGAGACCCUGGUCAGUCAUAGGAAGAGGUUGUUACAUGAAGCUAUUGGCAGUCAGGAAACGUUAUUGUACAUGCAAAGAUUAUACAAGAAACAACCUCUGCAAUGAAAGGAGAAAGUGCUUGCUUCUGGAUAGCUACUUUUAAAAAAGAAUCCAAAACCAGACAAUCACCCAGUAAGCCAAGAACUUCUUUAUCGUUCCCAAAGCACAGAAAGGCCACUGUGAGUGUUGUGGAGAAGAUUUCAAAGAUUUACAGAUGAAAUAAUCCAGAAGGAAGAGCAAAGAGGAAAAGCAAGGAGAGGCAAGGCAAGGACCAGUAAGAAUCCCAGACUUUCAAUGCAAAGCAAAAGAAAACGAAGAAGGGCACCACAAUCUGCCUUCCUUGCAUGCCAGACAGCUGGUGCCAACUCUGGUUCCGAUUAUGAAGGCAUUAUGAGCUGCUCGCUCCAGAACUGGGUGUUGACAGCUUUCUGCUGCCUGCUGCUUUGUCAUUCAGGUUUUGUGAAGGCAGAUCCACAGCCUGGUGAUUCGCGGAGGUGGGUCCCAAAUUCCAGUUGGCGCAAAAGAUGGGGUAUUUCAGAAAUCACAUAUCCCACUAGGCUGGUGAAACACAAUUCUGGGGGAGAGAUCCAGAAGUAUCAGCUGGACACAAGAGUGAGAAAAGAGACUGGUGGCAGCAGAGGAGGCGACAGAAAAGGAGGAAGCCCUAUUAUCCAUCUGGCCCAAGUGAGUUUCCUCAUCCCUGCCUUUGGUUCAACCUUCAUUUUGGAUCUUGAGCUGAACCACCAUCUGUUGUCCUUAAAUUAUGUGGAACGUCAUUUUGGACAGGAUGGAAAUGCCAGCCACACCACGGGACCAAAUGAGCACUGUUACUAUCAGGGCAAUCUCCGCGGAGAAGCAAACUCUUUUGUGGCUUUAUCUACCUGCCAUGGCCUACAUGGUGUUUUCUCUGAUGGAAAAGACAUGUACCUCCUGAAGCCUCAUGAUUCACUUGAACAUCAAGCGCAGGAGCAACUUCCUCACCAGAUCAACCAGACACCGGUACCUCGCAUGCCCAGUGGUUGCACAGAACCAGAGUGUUUAUUUUCUGCAUUGAACAACUACAUUACUCCUGGGCUUCCUAAACUGCGCCGAAGAAGACAGGUUCACCGAGGUCAUCGGACUGUCCACAGUGAGACCAAAUUCAUUGAAUUGAUAAUUGUUAAUGACCACCAACUGUUUGAACAAAUGCGUCGCUCAGUCAGCCUUACCAGCAACUUUGCAAAGUCUGUGGUAAACCUUGCUGAUGUGAUUUUUAAGGAGCAGCUGAACACUCGUAUUGUGUUGGUUGCCAUGGAAACAUGGGCAUCAGGGAAUAAGAUCCAGACAGAUGAAGAUUCCCUCGAGACACUGAGAGAGUUUAUGAAGUAUCGUCAAGAGUCUCUUCCUGAACACAGUGAUGCUGCUCAUCUCUUCUCAGGGCACACUUUUAGAAGCAGCCGCAGUGGUACAGCUUACAUUGGCGGAAUCUGCUCAGUUGCUAGAGGCGGCGGUGUGAAUGAGUAUGGUACUGUUGGAGCGAUGGCAGUAACAUUAGCCCAGACCUUGGGGCAAAAUAUUGGCAUGAUGUGGAACAAGCACCGUGCUUCUGCAGGAGAUUGUCGCUGUCCUGACUUAUGGCUGGGUUGUAUUAUGGAAGAUACUGGAUACUACCUGCCACGGAAAUUUUCACGCUGCAGUGUUGAUGAAUACAAUCAGUUUCUGGCUGAAGGAGGAGGAAGCUGUCUCUUUAACAAGCCUUUGAAGCUCCUUGACCCUCCUGAAUGUGGUAAUGGAUUUGUUGAAGCAGGAGAAGAAUGUGACUGUGGGUCCUUUGCGGAAUGUUCUAGAAGUGGGGGAAACUGCUGCAAGAAAUGUACCCUUACACAUGAUGCCAUGUGCAGUGAUGGGUUGUGUUGUCGAGAGUGCAAGUAUGAGCCACGGGGUGUAACUUGUCGAGAAGCUGUGAAUGAAUGUGAUGUCCCAGAAACUUGUACUGGGGACUCCAGUCAGUGUCCACCUAAUGUACACAAGCAGGAUGGCUACUUUUGUGAGAAUGAACAGGGGCGGUGUUAUGGAGGCCGUUGUAAAACCAGGGAUCGCCAGUGCAAUGCAUUGUGGGGGCGAGCUUCGGCUGAAAGGUUUUGCUACGAGAAGCUCAAUGUUGAAGGCACUGAGCGUGGGAACUGUGGGCAUGAGGGGAACCGCUGGGUGCCCUGUAUCAAGCAGGAUGUGUUGUGUGGAUAUCUUCUCUGUGCCAAUGCAACUGGAUCUCCACGUAUUGGUGAACUGCUAGGCGAGAUCACAACAAUGACAUUCUAUCACCAGAAGAGAUAUAUUGAUUGCCGGGGUGGCCAUGUGCAACUGGUGGACGGCACAGAGCUGAGCUAUGUAGAAGACGGGACACCCUGCGGGCCCAACAUGUUGUGUCUUGAUCACAAAUGCCUUCCCGUCUCUGCCUUUAACUUCAGUAUCUGCCCAGGCAGCUGGGGUGGCCAGAUCUGCUUUGACCAUGGGGUCUGCAGCAAUGAGGGCCAGUGCAUUUGCUAUUCAGACUGGACAGGAAAAGACUGCAGUGUCUAUGAUCCUAUUCCAGACCCUAAGCCUACUGGGGAAACAGAAAAAUACAAGGGUCCCAGUGGUACCAACAUCAUUAUUGGCUCCAUUGCUGGAGCCAUCUUGGUGGCUGCUAUUGUUCUUGGUGGCACCGGAUGGGGAUUUAAGUAAGCAGCGUCAACGUGCACAUAUUGUGCUUCUCAAGUUGCUGUGCCCGUGGGCUAGAUUGCCUUGAGGACUUCCUCUCUGUUGCAUGUAUUCCAGGUGCCUUUUGCAGUGGCACUUAUUUGGGGAAAGGGGAAUUGAGCCCAGGUAUGGCCCAUCCACCCCCACCUUAGUUUUGGGCUGAAGGGGAGGAUCCUCUUCAGGGUGGAGUCAUACAGAUAUUCCACAGGUAGUCCUUGACUUACAAUUGUUCACUCAAAUGACCAUUUGAAGUUACGGUGGGCUUUCCCAGAGCUAUGUAUGACCCCUUUUAAAGUUACAAAGCUGCACCCCUCUCUGUGGUCAUGUGAUUUCAGUUUUGAAUGUACAAUAACUGUUUCACCUUUGUUUGCACUAUCCCGCAAUCACAUGACCAUAAUUUCUGAUUUUUGUUUUGCUGGUUUCUGGCAUUUAUUUCUGGUUUCCAGCAAAAAUAGUACCAGUCGAGGAAAAUGGAUUUGCUUAGUGACAACCACAUUUGCUUAAUGACUGCAGCGUUCUCUUAAUGACCAAUACAAAAAGAGUAGAAAAAAAAUCGGAGCUGGUCAUAUAAUGCCUUGAGUUGCUAAUGCAAUGAUUUCUGGCUGAAACUUCAGGAUCAAUUAUAACUGUAAGUCAAGGAUUAUCUGUACUAAAGGUGUAAUGCAACAACAACGGUUUUUGCAAGCUUGUUUCCAUGAUGCAAAACCUUCUUAUGAUAGUACAGCAAAAGCAUGGAUAUUCUUGAGCUAGCUAUGUCUGACUACAUGCCUGGACUGGAAACAGGGGGCAGGCUUAGAUGAUGGAUUGAGUCUUUGCUGCAUUUUAAGUUGAAGUUGGUAUUAAGAAUCUCUGGAAGGAACCAUCAGUGGAUAGAGAGGGGUGGCAAAGGAAGAUAUAUGCAAAUAAGAUGUUGGUCAAUAGUCUGAAUCCAUUUCAGCAAAAUAAGGAUUGGCUGCUAUAGGAAAAUGUGACAAGUUGAGCUAUAGGUUUGGAAAAGGUGAAGAGAGACAGAAGGUGUACAGUAUUAUGGAGACACAAACUAAUAUUUAGCUGUAUUUCCAGGCAUGUAUGGUGCUUGAUAGACAGGCCAAAGCCACCCUCUUGUGGUGAGAGUCCAUAUUUACACAUAUCUGAGGAUAGAAGUGGGGAAAAUACAAAAAUGGUUUUUGUUUAAACAUGGUAAAUUUAAGUUAUUAUCACAAGAUGUUAUAUUGGAACAAAAAAUUCAGAAGUGUGAUGUAUUAAAAUUGCAUUGUAGUGUUUUUCCACUAAUAAAAAUAAUAUAUGGUAAGUUUCAGGAUACUUCCUAGUGGCAUUAGAGAGAGCAACAGUAAACUGAACUGGAAAAAAAUUCAUACUGAUCUACUUCCAAGGAUUGGCUGGUAUUGUUGUAAUUUUGUCAUAAUUUCUCCUCUUAAGAUGCUAGCUUGCUGGUCUCACAACAGUUAAAGCAGGAUUUCUCUUUCUUCCCCAUCUUGAACAUAAUAAGAGAAGUAUUAAGUGGAAGGGGACCAUAAAGUGUUCUCAUUACUUCUUUCCCUCCCCCACACCUCCCCCCCCAGUUUCCUAGAUAUUGAUGCUGCUGGUUUUUGAAAGUUCAGCCAGAACCUUUUCUAUUCUUGGCGUGUGUAUAAUUGGUUUUUUGUUUGCCUUGGGUAAAAGUGCCAUUUGGUUUUUAGUUCAUCAGGUUGGGUUAAUACUGUUGGCUUAGUGAGGGGAAGAACUAUUUGGCAGGGGAAAUUAUUCAGAUUGGGAAAGAGAAGCAGGGCACGGAGACAGAAAUGGAGGGACCUGCAGACCGAUUGGGGGUAGCUAUUGUUCCUCUCUGAUCCACACCAGGCUUCCUGUUAUGUUUUGCAUGGAUUGACACUUGCAUGAAUGAAAGGAGCGCCUGACCUGGGAUUGCAUGAAUCAGAUACUAAUGGUGACGGGGACAUUGGCAUGGAGGUGGAGUGGGGAACAACCGUCCUUAAAUAUCAAUUCUAUCCCCAAAGCAGCUUUGUAAAAUCCAGUCUUAAACUACACUUCCACUAUUCUCAGCUUAUUGGUAGGAGAUGAUAUGAGUGUUAUCCAAUAUAUCAAUAUAUAUUUUAAUGCGUAAGAAGUGGGAGAAGCUGCUUUGGGUACUCUACUCAUAACAAAAGCUGGAGGUACAUCCUAUAAAGUUAACUGUAUCCCACUUGGACCCCCCACCCAAGAUCUCUUGCUUCCCUGCAGGGUUUAUUGCUGGUAUGACAUAUUGUAUGGGUUGGUCUGUUUGCACUAUUGCACUGAGGGGUGAGAGAAUAUAAAUUCCGCAGCACCACUGUUUGGGAGGCUGGAAGGAAGAAGAUGUUUGAGGAAUGAAGAUGAGGAAAGCACCUUCAAUUUGUAGCGAAGACAGAAUAAUCACUUUGGUUUCUUAGGUCUGUAACAAUUCUGGAAUCACAAACAACUUUUCUUGCUUCCCCAAUCACAUGAGCCCCAGGCAUUUGGAAUGUUGUUUUGGUUGCAAAAUUUGAGUUCUUUCGUCAUUGGUUUAUUUUUAUCAUCUGUUGGGAAAGGUGAUACAAGGAACGAAAAAAGUAGCAGAGGGAACUUAAUGGAAGGAUAAGGAAAAUGGAGGACCUCUGCCCUGCAGAAAAUCCCUUUUCCCUGGCAGCUUCUUCUACAUUCCCUCUAGUUCUACGUGUGGUAUUCUUGGUGUGCAAUUACAAGUAAACUUUCUUUAAUGCAAGCAAACAACAUUGUCAUGUAGUGUUUCCAGAAGAAAUGCAGGCUAACACAGACUAGGAACGUGAGGCCCACUUGCCUUGGAGAACGUGCUGCAGGGGAGAGUGGAAUGAAGGUGCUCUUCUUUGUGAUAUUUCCAGCCUCCCUUUAAGUUCUGACAGGAGCUACAUGAGCUAAUGGAGUUCUUCAAGAAUGAUGGUAAUUGGAUCUCUCUGCACAAAAGUUGUCCUGGAUGGUAAGAAGAAAUUGCAUGUUAAGCUAGUUUGCAUUACCAACCAUAGCAUGUGGCACGAAGACUGGAAGCAGUCAGGCCAAGAGGUACAGCUGAAGUUAUCUGCUAACCCCUGCUCCCCCUCUCUCUUUCCUUUUCUCUCUUCGGCUUGCAAAGGAACAUUCGCAGAGGAAGGUACGGCCCAGCUCAGCAGAGCAUGUAGCAGCUUUCCUGAGCACAUCUCCAUCACCUACCGCCUCCAUCCCAUCCUCCUCAUCGCCUUCUCCCCGCUCCUGCUGCUUGCAAUGAUCAUUGAUGCAGAAGGGCCAGAGCUCUCAUGGAGGCCUGUCUCGGCAGAGAGAAUUUCACCCGUCCAUGCAUCCAUCAGUAUCUGCCUCAUUCUCCACUUCUUCAGUUGCUAUCGUGAGGGGGUGUCUAGUGAAUAAGUAAAAAGGCCACAGGUGUUCUAUCCAGCCAUUUAAUGAACCCCUUGUUCUGCUCACUGGAUGACAGGGAUGGUAAUUAAUCUUUCUCCAGUUUAAGGCCCAAGUAACAAUCCUUUAUUUCACUUUAUGGUAAAGUUAGCACAGGAUUUUACUAUAUCAUUCUCACAGUGGGAUAUUUCGCAAAUAGAAACAGUUUGCAGUGAACUGUGUUGAUUUCGAGACAUAAAAACUUCCACAUAUCUCUGCAAUGACCUCACCACCUAUACAUGUGUACGAUAUAAUAUACACUUAUAUUGCCAAGGAGAAGUAUGCUUUAAUUGGGCCCACACCCAUUCUAUUAUAAAAGAGGGUAGGUAUGGUGCUGAAUAAUAAAGCAUCAAGCUAUAUUAUAAAACAGCCUUCUAAAACCUGAAGACUUCAGGAGUGUUUUAAUUUUAACUCUUAGAUUUCCCAGCCAGCUGUGGAAUCUAUUGUUCAAAGACAUUAGGAGUUUGCCAUGUUGCGGAAUUGUUGCAGUCCUGAGUCCUAACUAAUACCCCCAGGAAUCUGAAAGGAGAUAUAUUUGAAUGAAUUUGCUGCUAAGUUGAAAUGGAUGCACAAGGCCCGGUGUAGCUGUUGAACCUUCCUGGAGUGCAUAUGUUUAAUUACAUUUCCUGUGCUCUUUAAAGUUUCAAAAUACAUGUUUAAGUAGUGGUAUGUAGAAUUUAGGAGUUUCCUAUUACCAAUGAAGCACAUGCUGCUCAUUUGCAAUUU